CUCAAGAUCCGUCCCACCUACCCUCCGUUAGACAUACACGAUCAAACACCAUAUUGAUAAUAGUGAUCAUGAAUUUCCUUAUUCAUCAGCCAAUUCAAUGUAAUGCCACUAACUACGAACCCCAAAAUAAUAGUCCUAUGAUCAUGCAGUCAAACCUGGAGUUUAUUGCCACAAUUGAGGAAGAAGCCAUCAUCAAGUCCAAAGAAAGAAACACAAUUAGUACUAAGACAAAGGAGGAGGGUAUCUUCCUAACAUGGGAGGAUUUGCAGGUCACUGUUCCAAAUGGAAGGAAUGGUAGGAAACCGAUUCUUAAGGGUCUAACAGGUUAUGCCAAGCCAGGGCAGCUCUUGGCAAUAAUGGGUCCUUCUGGCUGUGGCAAAUCCACACUUCUUGAUACUUUAGCAGGAAGACUAGCUCCAAGCACAAAGCAAACAGGGAAAAUUUUAAUCAAUGGCCACAAACAUGCACUGGCUUAUGGAACAUCUGCAUAUGUGACACAUGAUGAUGCUGUGUUGUCAACAUUAACAGUUGGAGAAGCAGUGUACUAUUCAGCACAUCUCCAAUUUCCAGAAUCAAUGUCCAACAGAGACAAGAAAGAGAAAGCAGAUUUUACAAUCAGACAAAUGGGACUACAAGAUGCCACUGACACAAGGAUUAAAGGGAAGGGUUCUAAAGGCCUUAGUGAGGGACAGAAGAGAAGACUAGCCAUUUGCAUCGAGAUUCUUACAAGCCCCAAACUUCUCCUUCUUGAUGAACCAACUAGUGGCCUGGACAGUGCAGCUUCAUACUAUGUUAUGAGCAGAAUUGCAAGUCUAAAGAUAAGAGAUGGCAUCAAAAGGACAAUUGUUGUAUCCAUCCAUCAGCCUAGUAGUGAAGUUUUUGAGCUAUUUGAUAAUCUUUGUCUUCUGUCUUCAGGUGAAACAGUUUAUUUUGGCCCCACUUCUGCUGCAACCGAGUUUUUUGCUUUAAAUGGCUAUCCUUGUCCACCUCUCCACAACCCUUCUGAUCAUUUCUUGAGGAUCAUAAACAAGGAUUUCAAACUGGAUGAUGAAGAGUGCUUCAACAAAACAUUACCCAAAGAAGAAGCAGUUGAUAUCCUUGUAGGGUUCUAUAAAUCUUCUGAAAUUAGUAACCAAGUUCAGAAAGAAGUAGCAAUAAUAGGUGAAAGUGAACAUGGUUUCAUGGAGAGGAACAGAACACAGACUGCAUUUCUUACUCAGUGUCACAUUCUUGUGAGAAGAUCUUCUUUGCAUCUGUUUCGUGAUGUAAGCAAUUAUUGGUUACGUCUAUCUAUGUUUGUUCUAGCAGCUAUUAGUCUUGGCACUAUAUUCUUUGACGUUGGUUCAGGUGAAGCAUCUAUCCAGGCUAGAGGGGCCCUGGUCUCUUUUGUUGCUUCAGUUCUGACUUUCAUAACCCUUCUUGGUGGAUUCCCUCCAUUUGUGGAGCAAAUGAAGGUAUUUCAACGAGAGAGAUUGAAUGGGCACUAUGGUGUCGCUGCUUUUGUAAUUAGCCACACAUUAUCUCCUAUUCCAUAUAUGGUACUAAUGUCACUGAUUCCUGGAGUGAUCACUUACUACCUUUCUGGACUUCACACGGGACUUGAACGUUGCCUAUACUUUUCUUGUGUGCUACUUGCAUGCAUAUUGUGGGUUGAGAGCCUCAUGAUGGUGGUUUCAAGUAUCUUCCCAAAUCCAAACACAGGCAUCACAGUCUCUGGUGGAAUCAUGGGAAUCAUGAUCUUAACUGGUGGAUUCUUUCGCCUGCCAAAUGAUCUUCCCAAACCAUUUUGGAAGUACCCUAUGUACUAUGUUUCCUUCCACAAAUAUGCCUUCCAAGGAUUGUUCAAGAAUGAGUUUAUUGGCUUGAAUUUGGCUAGUGAUCAAGAUGGAGGUGCCUACAUAAGUGAUAAAGAAAUACUGACGAAGAUAUGGCAAGUGGAAAUGGGUCACUCAAAGUGGGUUGAUCUUGCUAUCUUGGUGGGGAUAAUUGUUUUGUAUAGACUUAUGUUCUUGGCGAUCAUUAAGAGCAAGGAGAAGAUGAAGGCUUGAAGAUCAAGAGUUAAUUAAAUAAUUGCUCAAAACAAACCUAGGGAAGUAAAUCUAAUUUACUAUUAUUAAAAUUCAUAUGGAUUGGAUCUUCACUAGAAUCACUACCAAAUAGGCAAAUGUGGGGCUACGGUUAUUUCUGAAGUUUGAACUAUUUACUUGAUCUCAUUUUAGAGAAACUUAUCAUAAUAAAGAAAAUAAUAUGAGAUACAAAUUAUCUAA